GUGUUGCGUCAUCCGGACCAUACCCCGGGCAAAACUGGAAUAUUUUAUUGGGCUCAUCACGAGAAAAUUGUUUGCAUUGAUCAAGAAAUUAUUUUCCUUGGAGGUAUUUAUACAUUCUGUUGUAUUUUUUCGUGCUAAAAUUUUCUUUCUUGUUUUUGGGGCAAGUUUAAAGGAAUAAUCAUCUAAAAUGUUGAUUCUAUCAUAUAUAGGAUUGGAUUUAUGCUAUGGCCGAUGGGACAAUUGUAAACAUUAUCUGACCGAUUGCGAUGUUGAGUUCGAACCUAACAAAUAUUCAAGAAUGGUAUGUCUGAGGUUGCGUUUUAACGAGGGUGAGAGCUGUUGAGAAUCAGGGGUGGAUCCAGCAAGGUUUCUCUAGAGCAACCCAGUAUUUCUUUAUAAUUCUUUAGGAGAUGGUAGGAGAGCAUUCAAAUGAAUUGCCUUCCUUUGAAAAUUAGAACCCUAGAAAUGCCAUUUCCUGCAAUAUGGGAAUUGAAUUAUGAGCUUCAAUUUGACUUCAAAAACGAAAAACCUUGGAGAUUGUGCCAUAUUUCCGAAUUUGAUUUUUUGCACUCCGGCUGACCAAGGCGAACAGGGGGCACACCCCUGAUGAGGAUUCGCGUAUAAAUCCACCCCUGAUGAGGAUUCGCAGUGAUACAUUGGUUAACAAAAUACAGGUUUUAAUGAAUGCUUCAACUAUGAUAACGAAACUGUCGUUGGUAGAGAUGUAACUUCCUGUAAAAUAUAAGGAGAAAUUCGAAGGCCUUUCUCGAUGAAGGCACUACUUACUCUGGUAUAGACAGUUGAAAAUUCUUUCAACUUUGUUUUAAAAAAAUUACAUAGAAUACAUGAUGGGAAAGCAUUAAGCGCAGCUAACCAAGAUCACGUGAUUGCCAACUCCCAUGUACUCUCAUCCUUGUUUCAUCUGACUCCGUUGUUCUGAACAAUUGUCUCUAGAGGUCCUGUAAGGAUCAUCUCUUAUUGAUCCAGUGUUACUACAGGAGGAAACCUAAACUAAACUAACUUUAUUUAUACUGAAUAGCUCUAUCAGUUCUAAACUGUUCUUCCCAGAGGUCCAAUAAGGAUCAUCUCUUAUUGAUCCAGUUGUACUACAGGAGGAAACCUAAACUAAACUAACUUUAUUUAUACUGAAUAGCUCUAUCAGUUCUAUACUGUUCUUCCUAGAGGUCCUGUAAGGAUCAUCUCUUAUUGAUCCAGUGUUACUACAGGAGGAAACCUAAACUAAACUAACUUUAUUUAUACUGAAUAGCUCUAUCAGUUCUAAACUGUUCUUCCCAGAGGUCCAAUAAGGAUCAUCUCUUAUUGAUCCAGUUGUACUACAGGAGGAAACCUAAACUAAACUAACUUUAUUUAUACUGAAUAGCUCUAUCAGUUCUAUACUGUUCUUCCUAGAGGUCCUGUAAGGAUCAUCUCUUAUUGAUCCAGUUGUACUACAGGAGGAGACCUAAACUAAACUAACUUUAUUUAUACUGGAUAGCUGUAUCAGUUCUAAACUGUUCUUCCUAGAGGUCCUGUAAGGAUCAUCUCUUAUUGAUCCAGUUGUACUACAGGAGGAAACCUAAACUAAACUAACUUUAUUUAUACUGGAUAGCUGUAUCAGUUCUAAACUGUUCUUCCUAGAGGUCCUGUAAGGAUCUUCUCUUAUUGAUCCAGUUGUACUACAGGAGGAAACCUAAACUAAACUAACUUUAUUUAUACUGGAUAGCUGUAUCAGUUCUAAACCGUUCUUCCUAGAGGUCCAGUAAGGAUCAUCUCUUGUUGAUUCAGUGUUACUACAGGAGGAAACCUAAACUAAACUAACUUUUUUAUACUGGAUGGCUCUAUCAGUUCUAAACUGUUCUUCCUAGCCGUCCAGUAAGGAUCAUCUCUUAUUGAUCCAGUGUUACUACAGGAGGAAACUUAAACUAAACUAACUUUAUUUAUACUGGGCAGCUCUAGCAGUUCUAAACUGUUCUUCCUAGAGGUCCAGUAAGGAUCAUCUCUUAUUGAUCCAGUGUUACUACAGGAGGAAACCUAAACUGAACUAACUUUAUUUAUACUGGAUAACUCUAUCAGUUCUAAACUGUUUUCCUCAGAGGUCCAGUAAUUUAUUGUCACUUAUUGAUUCAGUGUUAGUAAUACAGAACAGAAAUUAACUUCAUUGAUCGUUCUUUUCUUUUCUAUUUAAAUCGUGGUGAUGCAUUGUCUUGCAGGAGACAGAGAUAGCAAACAUUGGCAAUGUAUUCUUGGCGGCCACAGGGAACGUCGUUCCGAACUUUAACGAAACGACGGAGGAGGGCACUGGAACCAAAGAUCGCAAAACAUCGCGAUCAAGAAAAUUACUGAAGCGAGCGCGGUUGUGGAGAGGAAAAGAUUAUUCUAAUCCCAUUAAGAAAGAUUUUGUUGAUCUUCAUAAGCCAGAGCAAGGUAGAUUAUUCAUUGUUGAUCUGGGAAUGAUAGGAAAUGCAUAAUUUCAAUACUGUGGCAUUUGAUUUGCCAAGCUGCCUUGGGUUGGGUUGGGUUAGGCCGGGGUUAGGUUUUGCACAUGGUCAGUAGAAUAUGAAGAAGGUUUAUGCAAGAAAUGGUCGGUUCAUUGUCCCAUGUGUAUUGUUUUUUCGCCCGACCGACCAAUAGCAGUGCGUUAAUUUUAUUACCCAGUCUUGAUAUUACAAGUUGAGUUCCUUUCUUAUUCUAUGGACUAUUGAAAUUUGUUGGGUUCUUUCAAGUCUUGAAAAUUUUCCAUGCUUGGCCAUUACUUUUAACAUACAGUGUGUAAAUUUUUAAUCAUGUUCAAAGUUGAGAGAUUAGGUUUUGAUUCAGAAUGUUUUCUGCUUUAUUUCACUUGUAGAUAUCCUAGACCGCACAAGCACGAACAGAAUGCCUUGGCAUGAUGUGGCUGUUUGCGUCUGGGGCCACGUCGCUCGCGAUGUUGCUAGACAUUUUAUUCAGAGAUGGAAUUUUACAAAGGUAUGGUCAAACGACGAAGUAAUUAAAUCCAUAUCGUCAAGUGAUGUAUAUGUUUUUAAGAUUAAGAUAUGGGACUGUUAAAUUUCACAUUUGUAUAUAUUUAUGCCUACAAGUCAAUUUGUUGACAUAAAUAAAAUCUGGACAUAGAACAAGAUAAUUAUGUAUGAAACUUUAUAAAACAGAGCUAAGCAAUUGAGCUACAGAGAGACAGUUGUCGAGCUCUAACCAACUGAGCUACAGAGAGACAGUUGUUGAGCUGUAACCAACUGAGCUACAGAGAGACAGUUGUCGAGCUCUAACCAACUGAGUUACAGAGAGACAGUUGUCGAGGUCUAACCAACUGAGCUACAGAGAGACAGUUGUCCAGCUCUAUCCAACUGAGCUACAGAGAGACAGUUGUCGAGCUCUAACCAACUGAGUUACAGAGAGACAGUUGUUGAGCUCUAACCAACUGAGCUACAGAGAGACAGUUGUCCAGCUCUAACCAACUGAGCUACAGAGAGACAGUUGUCGAGCUCUAACCAACUGAGUUACAGAGAGACAGUUGUCGAGGUCUAACCAACUGAGCUACAGAGAGACAGUUGUUGAGCUCUAACCAACUGAGCUACAGAGAGGCAGUUGUCCACCUCUAACCAACUGAGCUACAGAGAGACAGUUGUCCAGUUCUAACCAACUGAGCUACAGAGAGACAGUUGUCGAGCUCUAACCAACUGAGCUACAGAGAGACAGUUGUCGAGCUCUAACCAACUGAGCUACAGAGAGACAGUUGUCGAGCUCUAACCAACUGAGCUACAGAGAGACAGUUGUCGAGCUCUAACCAACUGAGCUACAGAGAGACAGUUGUCGAGCUCUAACCAACUGAGCUACAGAGAGACAGUUGUCGAGGACAUUGUCGAGCUCUAACCAACUGAGCUACAGAGAGACAGUUGUCGAGCUCUAACCAACUGAGCUACAGAGAGACAGUUGUCGAGCUCUAACCAACUGAGCUACAGAGAGACAGUUGUCGAGCUCUAACCAACUGAGCUACAGAGAGACAGUUGUCGAGCUCUAACCAACUGAGCUACAAAGAGACAGUUGUCGAGCUCUAACCAACUGAGCUACAGAGAGACAGUUGUCGAGCUCUAACCAACUGAGCUACAGAGAGACAGUUGUCGAGCUCUAACCAACUGAGCUACAGAGAGACAGUUGUCGAGCUCUAACCAACUGAGCUACAGAGAGACAGUUGUCGAGCUCUAACCAACUGAGCUACAGAGAGACAGUUGUCGAGCUCUAACCAACUGAGCUACAGAGAGACAGUUGUUGAGCUCUAACCAACUGAGCUACAGAGAGACAGUUGUUGAGCUCUAACCAACUGAACUACAGAGAGACAGUUGUUGAGCUCUAACCAACUGAGCUACAGAGAGACAGUUGUCGAGCUCUAACCAACUGAGCUACAGAGAGACAGUUGUUGAGCUCUAACCAACUGAGCUACAGAGAGACAGUUGUCGAGCUCGAACCAACUGAGCUACAGAGAGACAGUUGUCCAGCUCUAACCAACUGAACUACAUAGAGACAGUUGUCAUGCUCUAACCAACUGAGCUACAGAAAGACAGUUGUCGAGCUCUAACCAACUGAGCUACAGAAAGACAGUUGUCGAGCUCUAACCAACUGAGCUACAGAGAGACAGUUGUCGAGCUCUAACCAACUGAGCUACAGAGAGACAGUUGUCGAGCUCUAACCAACUGAGCUACAGAGAGACAGUUGUCGAGCUCUAACCAACUGAGCUACAGAAAGACAGUUGUCCAGCUCUAACCAACUGAGCUACAGAGAGACAGUUGUCGAGCUCUAACCAACUGAGCUACAGAAAGACAGUUGUCGAGCUCUAACCAACUGAGCUACAGAAAGACAGUUGUUGAGCUAUAACCAACUGAGCUACAGAGAGACAGUUGUCGAGCUCUAACCAACUGAGCUACAGAGAGACAGAUGUCGAGCUCUAACCAACUGAGCUACAGAGAGACAGUUGUCGAGCUCUAACCAACUGAGCUACAGAGAGACAGUUGUCGAGCUCUAACCACGACUCUUUGUUUAUAUUUUGUGGGUAAUGCCAGUAUAAGGAGGUGCCAAUGUAAGAUGCAAAAAAUCUCGAAAUUAUUUGUUUGUUUUUCUAGUUAGAGAAGAAGAAGUACGACUCGGUCUUCCCUCUCCUUCUUCCAAAAACGUACACUGGACUGGUCGACGUCGCUCCUGAUGGGCUGAAAACCAGUAACAUCAACUGUCAGGUGUGUUUUGGUAAUAUUUUAUCAUGACAUGUACACACUCUACACCCUGGUUAAACAGAUGCUGCCAAGUCCGUUCUGCGCAUCAGUUUCGCUCAUAACAAAGGGAGACCCCCGGAUAUAAAAAUUGCCCAAAUUUUGCAUCUUUCGAACUUUUUUGAGUUGAAACGUUUAGUUUAUAUUCAUUUACAAGCACAGCGAACCAGAAAAAUGUUAGAUAUUCAGUUUGUAUAUCAUAUUUUACAAAUAUAUAGCCGUUCAAAAUGUAAACAAAGCGUUUGUUUACAUUACGGACUUUACAGCAUCUUUAAUGUCGUGUUUAAUUUAACCGUGGCUAAUGUACCCAGGAUUCCUCAUGGUUAAUUUAACAGGCUUUGUGGUUGACAGUCGCGGUAUUAUUUUUUCAUUGCCCUUCAGGUACUUCGUUCUGUUGGAGAGUGGUCAGCGGGCUGCCCGCGUGAGUCAUCAAUAUAUAACGCUUACAUUCAUUUGAUUAAAACAUCCAAGCAUUACAUUUAUAUUGAGGUAAGACAUGACAAAUUAAUUACAAUAACACCAAGCGAAGUGGGGUCAAAUUUUCCAUGUGAAGACCUGACCAGGAAUGAAAAUGUUCUGCCGAUUUUGACCUAUGGUAUUAGCCGUUUUCACAUUAGAAGACGGACAAGUCGUCUAGACGAAUAAAUCGUCUCAAAAUCGUCUUUUAGUCGGACAAAUCAUCAGAUGUGAAAACGUGUCGGACAAAAUGUUAGACGAACAAGUCGUCUGAAUUUGUUCCACUACUUGCCCGUCUGUGAAGACGAUUUUUGAGAGACGAUUUGUUCGUCUAGACGACUUGUCCGUCUCUAAUGUGAAUAGGGCUAUUGUAUUGACCGGCAUAGUGAGAAAAUACAAACAAUGAAUAAACAUUAAUGGACAUUGUAAUUUUUUGAAAUUUCUUUAGAAUCAAUUUUUUAUCACGUCCCUUCCUCCCGAUGUAAAGAACAUCAUAGGGGAUCUCUUGGUCAAACGUAUUACGCGUGCGCACAUGUAAGUUGACGAAUGUGGAUGAACGUUAAGGAGAGUUGAGAAGGCGAGAGUUUGCAUGAGAGUUGAUGAGAGUUGAGAAGGAGAGAGUUUGCAUGAGAGUUGAUGAGAGUUGAGAAGCGAGAGUUUGCAUGAGAGGUGAUUAGAGUUGAGAAACGAGAAAGGAUAAACAUUGUCUGAAUAGUAAUUUAUCAACAGUGACCUUUUUUCUCUUUUCAAAUUGCUCGUGAAUAACUGAUGAUGUCAUAACCAAGAUGGCUGCCACAAGUCUCAUUAUCUAGUGUUUAAAACGUUCUAAAACUCACUAGAAGAUAUGUCGGAAGCUAACUCGUUCAAGUUCCAUAGGAAAAGACAUCUGCUUCAUAAAUCAUAUUGUAGCUAAUUCGAUCCGAUAUACAGAGUUUUUGACAGACUUAAUCUAAUCUCAUUAGAGAUAUUCAGGCUUCAAAAUUGAAUACAAAAGGAUACUCUAUCCAAUUCUAGAUUGCAGAUCAUUGUGAUUCAAACACGCGAAUAUUAAUGAUAAUUUUCAACCACUACAUUGCUUUUUCUUUUAGCAAUGGAGAAAACUUCAGACUUUUCAUUGUUAUGCCUUUAUUACCAGCGUUCGAAGGUACGGAUAAGGCGUUUUAAAAAAUUUACGAUAACAGGGUCUUUGCUGGAUCUCUGAAUUUGUCUAUUCUGGGUAAUUGACACAUAUUCACCUUGGAAAUGUAGAAAAAUCUAAAAACCUAGCUUGCUAUACCAAUUCAUUACUUCAGGUGAGAUUGGCAACGCUUCUGGAACGUCUAUAUGUGUUAUAACUCAUUGGAAUUACAUGUCAUUAUGUCGUGGUGAAACGUCGUUUAUCGAAAGACUUCGACAAAAUGGUGGUAAGUUUAUUAUACAGGAUGUUUGCCGCACUGCUCAAAAAAAUUCGAUCUAAGAUAUGAAUUUCUACGUUCUUAAAAUUGGUCUUGUUCAACUAAUGUUCUGGCUGUUUGAAAUAAAGUCUGGUUUAAUCAGUGAACAAUGCCAAUAUUGAAUAAAUACGAUUUAAUAUUUCUUUUGUAAUAGUUGAGCAACCUUUCAACUACGUGUCAAUCUGUAGCCUCAGAAAACACGAAGACUUUCGUGGAACUCCUGUGAGUACAAAUUCUGUUUCUUUACAUUUGGGAGCCUAACCCUUGAAGUGGCAAUUCGCUCUGAUACGCCCUAUUGUAUUAUUGUACUCUGUCUAACGCCAGACGAAUGUGUUCGUCAAGAGGAGAGCGCUGUCACUCAUUGGGUUAGAGCUCAUCCAAUUAUGAAUACCGAAAACAAACAAUCAACAUAUAUUACGAUAUUUUGUAUGCAUGAUUACUUUCGUAGAGAUUUUUAUUUCGAAAUAAGGCAACCCAAAUUUCUAGGAAAUAUGCCCCCCGUGAGAUCAAGUCUGUUAGGGAAAAUGGCCCUGGGAACAUAUUUAGCGGGGGGUUGGAUUUGGGGGAUAUCGAUGCAAUUAUGAAUGUUUGUCUAAGAUAGUAGUAAUGGUGUCCCAAUUUGGGACAUUUUAAAAUGGCGGAAGUGCAAUAAUAUGGCGGUUUUCCAAUUAGUACAGAAUUAUCACAACGAAAUAAUAUUACGAUUUUAUUUCUGAUUACAAAAAUACAUAAAUUGAUAUAGGAUCGCUCCCUUAUUAUUCUAUUAAUUAUAUAAUAUUAUACACUUAUAUUGAAUUAUUAAUAAUAUAUUAGUGUUUUCUUAUAUUAUAAUUUAUAUAAUUCACAUCAGUUUCUGAUUUGAACGCUACUGAAAUAUUUAUAUUUUACAAUUACUGUAUAUUAUUAGUACAUAUUUAUAUUUAUGAUUUCUAUAAAAAUUACAAACUAAGAUAUUUCUCUUGCAAAUGUCUCCAACAGAUGCACAGAAACAAAGUGAUAUUAGUUUAAAGGAUAGCUAAGGAACAAUAAUUUAUAACAAAUACAGUUAUUCUAUAUACACUUCAAAAUGUUCUGUCACGAGAAAAAUCUCAGCGUUUCAGGUAUUUUGAAAGUGAAUACAUUACUUUGAACGCGACUCACAAUCUACGACGAUGGGUAACAUUGACGCUUUGAGAGUACCUGGUUUUGUUUCUGUCAUCGCCACGCUUACCGGGUUUGAGAUUCUGGGCUUGUAGGUAUCCUUGCAUUUCAUGAUUGGCUGUGUUGACAACGGAAACAGUGGCAUUUUGAAACCAGCUAUACCACUCACAAUUUUGUCUUCUCGGCACGCAAUUACCAAUCUCUUCUUCACUAUCACCGCGUAAGUUACCUCGGCAAAUACUGGAUAGCAAGUAUCGCUACAUGUUAUGUUACGCAGAUUGCGCAUUGCUGCCGGGAAUAAUUUUCCAGGCACAUGUAUUUCGCUGGUUUUAUUUAUACACGAAGCAGAACAUACGAGGUCUGCCAAGCUUAGUGACAAAAGUAACACGACGAAUGUUUUUGGAAUCUUGAAAAGAAGAAAAAACACAAUUAAAACCAUGGGUAUAUGUUAGAAUUGUGGGACUCCUACACUCCAUAUAAAAAUCUAGGUUUCACCAAAUUUUGUUCAUAGCGAGCAUUGAUCUGCUCACACAUCUGCCCACGAGCACCAUACAAAAUCAUCGAAAAUAACCGAUUGUUGACGCGACUAGUAGAUUGGUAAUUAAAAUCAUGCUUGUACAAUCUUCACAAAACGCAUGCACGCAUAUAUGAAAAGAGUUGAAACAACGCUCUAACGAAAUUCAUGGGUUUUCCUUUCCUCUGAACGAACGCUGUAUGUUUUUUUAUUGUUUUUGUGUAAAAAGCACGCGCUGUCAUGCUGUCAUUCUUGGUUUUAAAUUCUUUUUUGCGAGCUAAAUGUUGCUUUUGCGACAGAGUAUAAAUCUUUGUUUGUCCAAGUAGUAAAUGCUGCGUGUAAAAACAGUUCUGGAAUUGGAAGAAAUCACAAAUCUCAUCCAUAAACAGUUUGUUAUAGUUUGUUAAACUCAUGGUGAAAUCAGAAUUAAAAGAUUCUCGCAGCCACUUUUACAAGAAAUAUAUGGCAUAUACUUACAUUCAUUUUCCAAGUCUGUAGUGUACAAGUUUGCUUUAAUGAUUUUCUUGUAAUGAUUUGACUGUUUGACGACUGCUGAUAAUGAUCAUGUUUCUCUAAUCCAGCAUUUAUAUAUGCACCGAACAACCUAUUUUUGUUUGCAUUACGCGAGUUCCGCGCAAAAGUUUGUAUAUCGGUUCUUUCUUCAAUUGUUGGAACACUUAAUUUGCUUGUAGCGCGUCGAUAUACGUAUGUUAGAGUAUAUAAAUCGAAAGGUCUUAUAACUCCAUAUACGUUCAGUAAUUGGUCUUGCAGAGUUUUUCUUUCCAUGAAUAUUUUAACAUGCAUACAUACAGGUAAUAUAAGGAGGACUUGUAGAUGGCUUAUUCCACUUUGGCUUGGAAACCGCGUGUCUUUUUUCACAUUUAUGAAAUGAAAUCAAAGCCCUCUCAUUUCUGAUAUAAAGUGAUCUGCCGCAAUAAAUUCCAGCUAAUUUCUGUUCAUAUCCAUAGAAAGCUGUUUGUAUGAUAAAUAAAGAAAGCAAGGCAUUACUGUAACACGUGCGUUCAAUACGUGGGCGUUCCUUAAGUACAGUAUACGUAUGGGGAAUACUACUUUCAGUUUCGUGUGACUUCCCUUCGAUAAUUUUUAUUAUAAACGGUGUAAAAGGUUGAAAAUUGACGUUUAUAGUUCACGAAAUUAUCGCUGUGUAAUAUUUAUCAAAUCAGACAAGUCUUAUAUUUAUCAAAAGACAAUCAAAUCAGUUAUUUUGAUAUCCGGUAAUUCUGCGAAAAAUUUUGAAAAUCUUGAGUUCACAGAAACGCUAUUUUCUGUAUUUCUGGGCAGUUAAGACAACGUAAAGCCAAAUAAAUACAUAGAAAUUAUUCAUGCUUUCUCAGAAUUUCUUAAAUUCCUAUAAGAAUCCUAAAAACUCACAAUUUCUUAGAAAUCCUUAUAAAACUAAGCUAUUUCCUGUUUCUAAGAAUGAAUUCUUAAAAUUGAUAGGAUUGUUGAUAUUCGUCAUCAGUCUGAGAGGAAUAUUGUUAGGACUUUGAUUGUUUUGUUACAAAUAUUAAGGAGAUCCGUUAUUGUAACAGACAUUGUUGAGUCAUUAAUAUUGCAUCAUUAGAACAAAUUAUAAAAAACACACGCUCAGUAAUAACGGCAUCGAUGUGUGGAAUAAUCUUCCGACGCAAUGUAAGCAAAUUAGAUCUUCCAAUAUUUAAAUCGACAAUGAAAAUGUAUUUUCUUCUGUCAAAUUUAAAUUAGUAGAAUUCUUAGCACAAAGUGAAAAGCCAAAUACUUGUUAUAGUCUAUUAUAUCUUUACGCACUUUCCUUAUUGUAAAUAUAUCACCGUAUUAAUUUCUUUGAAAACAAUUGGACUGGUAUUAACUCUUAAUAUUAUAUUAUUUGAAUUGUAACUAGGGACCUUAAACAAAAGCCUUAUGGUUUUCAGAAGGUUCCUAGCCCUACUAUUGUAAAUAUUUUUUUAUUUAAAUUGUUAAUUUUAUAAACUGAUUUGGGCGAAUAUUAAAUAAAUAAAUAAUAUUUAAUGUCAUUAAUCAUUAUAACGUUUGACAUUUCAACAUUUUAUUACACUUUUAAGUGAUGUUUACCAUAUUGAACAUUAGUUAUAUUGUAUUACAGCGCUUUUGAUCAUUAAUAUUAUAUGUAAAAAGCACUUUAUAAAUUAUUAUUAUUAACAGGGAAAUUUGUGAUAUUAAUAAUGGACAUUGGCAAUUUGACUAAAUUUUGGUUGGUUAUAUUUUCCAAAAUGCUCAGUUCUAUAGCUCGAGUCAUCUGUUGUCUAGGAUCUUAGCGGAAACCCGAAGAUUCGCAUUUUAGCCUCGUAUGUAACGACGCAUUCAAUAAUGUUUACAAAUCCUUUUAAACCAUAUCAAGGUGGCUCAAUACAGCCUGUUUUUUCAAGAUGGCGGAUAAGAUUGGCUUUAAAGCAAUUUAACUCGUAAAAGAUAUCGGUGACUCCCAAAUUUUAUUUUAAAAAAUGAUUUCACUUAGUAUAAUAAAUUAUCUCGACAAUUUAAAAAAAAUUCUGUGGAGCCAAAAUUUCCUUUGAGUUGUGUAUUUGUUCAUACAGAUAGAAGUUAUCCUAAAUUCCCAUGUACAGAAGACCUUCUGUUUUCACGCUAACGCAUUCAUUAAUUCGAGAAAUUAUACGGCUGUCAAAUUACUACAAUAAUAGAUGACGGUUAAUUUGAAUUUGAAAGGGUGCACAUUUUUUUGAUACAAUUUGUAUUUUUUUAUACACACUGUAGAAUAAAUGUUUUGCGCAAAAUUGACUUUGCUCAAUUCACAAGUGACGCACACUGUUGGUGCAAUAUGUGUUUGUAUAUAUAUUUAACGAUUAAAUGUACGUGCUACAAUGCAGCAUAUUAUAGCUCAUUCAUAAAUAUCGUUCCUGUAUACACGGGAAAUCCACUUUUAAAACCAGACGGGCGGACAUUUCACUCAGAAAAGUUAAUAAGCGAAAAUGAGCAGAAAAAGAAGACAAUUAUAAAAACCAAAACGUGGUAUACACAAAUGUUGUUCACAACAUAUACCACAGAAUAAACAUCAGUAACAGAAGGGUCACGCAGCCGUGCAACGUGUCCUCGUUUUUUAUGCAAAAAUAUGCAGUUUACUGGCCAGAAGGCGGAGCAGCCAGCCAGUACAGCGUGUUUAUUGUCCGGAAAAUAUCAUUGACUGGCUAGGAAAAUGGCGGCUAACAUGCGUAAUGCGACAUGCGCGAGGACAGAAACUUCAAAGCUUCCGACGUAAGUGGCCCUUCUAUACGGAUCUUUAUUCUAUGGCAUAUACGAAGCUUUCUGAUUGGUCGAUAAGAUAUAGGCGCUUUUGCACCACAUGUAACAACUGAUUACAGAAUGACUUUUUGGCCCAAAAAAUGAGUUAGGCAAUUAUUCUAAGAGGCUGACGAUUGUAUAUAGACUUGUCAAAAUCGGUUGCAGUAUUUGUUCCAAGCAAUUUCAAUGUGUGAUUCCAGCUAUAUACUAAAUUUUGAUCAAGGCAAGAAAAACGAAAUCCAACACUACAGCUAGAAAGAGCAUCUUAGAAUGAGUAAAACUGCAAAGAUUGGUUGCGAAAUGUUGUAAAAUGAUGAAAAUCUAGCCCUGUGAAGCUCGCAAAUUUUGUAUAUAUUUGUAUUACGCGCAGUAAAAAUAACCACUUUCGGCUCGAAAAUGGUUAUUUUUCUUGCGCGUAAUGUAAUUAUGUGGGAGAAUUUUACAAGAUGUACACUAGUCUUUAGGAUCGUAUUAUAUUAAUGAUUGUGUAGGAUCUUAGCGGAAGUACAAUGAUCUAAGGCAAAACAUGGUAAUUUUAGUGCAUUCGUCUGGAGUAUACAAUUGUGUAGGAUCUUAGCGGAAACCCAACGAUUCGCAUUUUAGUCCGCAAUAUACACAUAGAUAUCUUAUAUACACUAGAUAGUGCAUCUAAUUAUUCUGCAAUGCAAAAAUUGAAGCCGUGAUUGCUGACACAGGAUAUUCCCAUGAAAUGAGAAGACUCGUAUGUUUUCUAUUUCUUAAACAGGCAACUUAAACAUUAAGUUAAACCUAUUCCAAAUACAUUUUCAAAUGAUGAAAGUUAUUGUUGUUUUUUAAGCGUUUAUUAGCGAGUGGGAAACUCCAACAUGGCCGCCAUCUAUUCAAAUGGGAGUAACCGCUGGAAUAUUCUUGCCUUCAAUUUUACUAAAAGAGAUGCGCUAUCUAGUGCAUAUAAGAUAUCUAUGAUAAGACCUGGUUAGGAAACCCGGCAAAAUUCAAAGAAAUUACGCUAUAAACAAACAUGGAGGUUGAACAGUCUGUUUGACCCUGCACAUAUUGGUUUUAAUCAAUGAGAAUUGACCAAACGAUGUAACACAAACAUUCUCCAUCGAAAAAUGGUGGUAACACUUCGUUAUUUGCAAAGUAUGCCGUAAGAUUUAGCCCUGGUAGGCAAAACAAACGCUUGGUACCCAUUCCCUUCGCCAAGCUUUCUGAACUGACUAUUGUCAAACAAUAGAAAGACAAAAGAUUUUUCAACCGUCACCCUGCACAAGGUACACAAUCAUCUGAAACGAAGGGUUUCCAAACCAUGUCAUAUAUAUUAACUAUGAUUUUGAUAAGUAUACAGUUAAUAUCAUAUAUCCGGGAUGAUAUUGUUACGAUAUAUUCAUUACUAGGCGGCAGUUAUAAGCACAUGGUCAUAAAUAAAAGAUCUUUAUUAAUUCUCUAGAAAUACAUAAUUUUUAUUAAUUUCUUUAUAAAUACACAAUUUUUACUCAAUCGUAACUCGUGAACAUACUGUACAACGGUAUGACAUUAAUAUUUUUGGUGUCACAUAUAUUAAUAUUCUAAAUUAUAAAUAUAAAUCUGUCUUUAUUACUAAUAAUUUCAAUUUGUUUAUAGUAUGUUACUUAUGAUUGUUUUCUAAGGUAUACACACUUAAAAAUGUCACUGCUUGUCAACAACAUGUGUUCAGAAAAUGUGUUCCAGUUGUUGCCAAGUCUGGAACAAGUUGUUAUCAUCUUGUAACAAGGUUGAUGAGGCCAACAGACUCGCAACAAGUUGUUCCAACAAGUCUGAUAUCGUCUGCACGUAACAAGUUGAUGACAACAAGCUCGUAGCAACUUGUUACGAACAGCCUGUAUCGGUCUUGUUGGAACAACUUGUAGCAAGUCUGUUGCCGUCAUCAACCUUGUAACAAGGUGAUAACAAUGUGUUCCAGACUUGUCACAACAACUGGGAACAAGCAGUGCGAACACAUCCUGAUAUCGGCUUCACAACAACAUUUUACAGCUUGUUUCCAGAUUUGUAACAAGUUGCUCGUUUUUUCGCGUGUAGACUUUAACCACUUUGUGACGUUAUGUACAUUAUCGCGUUAAUUUUAUUAAAAUAGCAUUAAAUAUUCCAUAUAUAAAUAUAUUAAUAAAUAUAAGUAUUUUCAGUUCUUCUCAUUUCUAAACCUAAAGUUCAGUAUAUUUAGGACUAUUUUUUAAUACAAUAUUUAACCUUUUUAAGCACUGAGUCUAACCGGCCCCCAUUUGCAGAUUCUUUGACCACAAUAAUAUCGACCGUUGUAGCUUCAAAUCCUUCAUCACAGCGAAUUUUGUCUAGGAAGACGUUUAUGCUCCCUUCUAAACCACACCCAAGCACAAUACUUUCCUCCUUUAUUACAGCAUACUUGAUUUUGCGUACAAUUUUUUUGCAGCCCUUUUGACAUUGUGUAAUAUUUCGGUUGGACCAAUUAAUGGCCUGUGGUUGGUUUGGGAAUACAUUGCCCCUAUCAAUAGCCUUGGUGGUACCAAGGCAACCAUCACUACUUCUUUUCGUUCGCUGGAAUAAAUUAGACAGUCCUGAUUCAGAGCUUACCACCAUGCUAGCUAGAACUAGUACCACCAACAUCUAAAUGAAACAAGAAAAGAAAAAAAUAAGUUCUUUGUAGGUUUGCAUGGCGAUAAAACGUAUAAUACUUUGUUUGUGGAAACACCACGUAAAUUUAUUACAGAAUAUAGAUCAUUGUUUGUCGAAGUAGUAAAUGCUGCAUGUAAAAACAGUUCUUGAAUUGCAAAAAAAAUCACAAAUCUCAUCCAAAAACAGUUUGUUAUAGUUUGUUAAACUCGUGGUGAAACCUGAAUUAAAAAAUUUUCACAGCCAUUUUUACCAGAAAUGUAUGACAUAUACUUACAUUCAUUUUCAAGUCUGUAGUGUACAAGUUUGCUUUAAUGAUUUUCUUGUAAUGAUUUGACUGUUUGACGACUGUUGAUAAUGAUCAUGUUUCUCUAAUCCAGCAUUUAUAUAUGCACCGAACAACCUAUUUUUGUUUGCAUUACGCGAGUUCCGCGCAAAAGUUUGUAUAUCGGUUCUUUCUUCAAUUGUUGGAACACUUAAUUUGCUUGUAGCGCGUCGAUAUACGUAUGUUAGUGUAUAUAAAUCGAAAGGUCUUAUAACUCCAUAUACGUUCAGUAAUUGGUCUUGCAGAAUUUUUCUUUCCAUGAAAUAUUUUAACAUGCAUACAUACAGGUAAUAUAAGGAGGACUUGUAGAUGGCUUAUUCCACUUUGGCUUGGAAACCGCGUGUCUUUUUUCACAUUUAUGAAAUGAAAUCAAAGCCCUCUCAUUUCUGAUAUAAAGUGCUAGGAUCUUCCGCAAUAAAUUCCAGCUAAUUUCCGUUCAUAUCCAUUAGAAAGCUGUUUGUAUGAUAAAUAAAGAAAGCAAGGCAUUACUGUAACACGUGCGUUGAAUACGUGGGCGUUCGUUAUGUACAGUAUACGUAUGGGAAAUACUUCUUUCACUUUCGUGUGACUUCCCUUCGAUAAUUUUUAUUAUAAACGAUUUAAAACGUUGAAAAUUGGCGUUUAUAGUUCACGAAAUUAUCGCUGUGUAAUAUUUAUGAAAUCAGACAAAUCUUAUAUUUAUCAAAAGACAAUCAAAUCAGUUAUUUUGAUAUCCGGUCAUUCUGCGAAAAAUUUUGAAAAUCUUGAGUUCACAGAAACGCUAUUUUCUGUAUUUCUGGGCAGUUAAGACAACGUAAAGCCAAAUAAAUACAUAGAAAUUAUUCAUGCUUUCUCAGAAUUUCUUAAAUUCCUAUAAGAAUCCUAAAAACUCACAAUUUCUUAGAAAUCCUUAUAAAACUAAGCUAUUUCCUGUUUCUAAGAAUGAAUUCUUAAAAUUGAUAGGAUUGUUGAUAUUCGUCAUCAGUCUGCAUGAGAGGUAUAUUGUUAGGACUUUGAUUGUUUUGUUACAAAUAUUAAGGAGAUCCGUUAUUGUAACAGACAUUGUUGAGUCAUUAAUAUUGCAUCAUUGCUACACAAAAGUUGUAUUAGAACAAAUUAUAAAAACACACGCUCAGUAAUAACGGCAUCGAUGUGUGGAAUAAUCUUCCGACGCAAUGUAAGCAAAUUAGAUCUCUUCCAAUAUUUAAAUCUACAAUGAAAAUGUAUUUUCUUCUGUCAAAUUUAAAUUAGUAGAAUUCUUAGCACAAAGUGAAAAGCCAAAUAGUUGUUAUAGUCUGUUAUAUCUUUACGCACUUUCCUUAUUAUAAAUAUAUCACCGUACUUCCUUUGAAAACAAUUGGACUGGUAUUAACUCUUAAUAUUAUAUUAUUUGAAUUGUAACUAGGGACCUUAAACAAAAGCCUUAUGGUUUCUAGAAGGUUCCUAGCUUUACUAUUGUAAAUCUUUUUUAUUUAAAUUGUUAAUUUUAUAAACUGAUUUGGACGAAUAUUAAAUAAAUAAAUAAUAUUUAAUGUCAUUAAUCAUUAUAACGUUUGACAUUUCAACAUUUUAUUACACUUUUAAGUGAUGUUUACCAUAUUGAACAUUAGUUAUAUUGUAUUACAGCGCUUUUGAUCAUUAAUAUUAUAUGUAAAAAGCACUUUAUAAAUUAUUAUUAUUAACAGGGAAAUUUGUGAUAUUAAUAAUGGACAUUGGCAAUUUGACUAAAUUUUGGUUGGUUAUAUUUUCCAAAAUUCUCAGUUCUAUAGCUCGAGUCAUCUGUUGUCUAGGAUCUUAGCGGAAACCCGAAGAUUCGCAUUUUAGCCUCGUAUGUAACGACGCAUUCAAUAAUGUUUACAAAUCCUUUUAAACCAUAUCAAGGUGGCUCAAUACAGCCUGUUUUUUCAAGAUGGCGGAUAAAAUUGGCUUUAAAGCAAUUUAACUCGUAAAAGAUAUCGGUGACUCCCAAAUUUUAUUUUAAAAAAUGAUUUCUCUUACUAUAAUAAAUUAUCUUGACAAUUUAAAAAAAAUUCUGUGGAGCCAAAAUUUCUUUUGAGUUGUGUAUUUGUUCAUACAGAUAGAAGUUAUCCUAAAUUCCCAUGUACAGAAGACCUUCUGUUUUCACGCUAACGCAUUCAUUAAUUCGAGAAAUUAUACGGCUGUCAAAUUACUACAAUAAUAGAUGACGGUUAAUUUGAAUUUGAAAGGGUGCACAUUUUUUUUCUACACCCUGUAUUUUUUUAUACACACUGUAGAAUAAAUGUUUUGCGCAAAAUUGACUUUGCUCAAUUCACAAGUGACGCACACUGUUGGUGCAAUAUGUGUUUGUAUAUAUUUAACGAUUAAAUGUACGUGCUACAGUGCAGCAUAUUAUGCUAAUUAAGCUCAUUCAUAAAUAUCGUUCCUGUAUACACGGGAAAUCCACUUUCAAAACCCGACGGGCGGACAUUUCACUCAGAAAAGUUAAUAAGCGAAAAUGAGCAGAAAAAGAAGACAAUUAUAAAAACCAAAACGUGGUAUACACAAAUGUUGUUCACGACAUAUACCACAGAAUAAAGAUCAGUAACAGAAGGGUCACGCAGCCGUGCAACGUGUCCUCGUUUUUUUAUGCAAAAAUAUGCAGUUUACUGGCCAGAAGGCGGCGCAGCCAGCCAGUACAGCGUGUUUAUUGCCCGGAAAAUAUCAUUGACUGGCUAGGAAAAUGGCGGCCAAGAUGCGUAAUGCGACAUGCGCGAGGACAGAAACUUCAAAGCUUCCGACGUAAGUGGCCCUUCUAUAUGGAUCUUUAUUCUAUGGCAUAUACGAAGCUUUCUGAUUGGUCGAUAAGAUAGCCACUUUUGCAACACAUUGCAACAACUAGUUACAUAAUUACCCAAAUCCAUUUUGUUACUACAAUCAUGGAAAUAAUAUCCGUAGACUUUUUUAAAACGCAUCUUGUCUGACUAUUUUGUAAAGCCAUUUUAUUUUUAGUUAAUACAAACGUCUAUGAUCGCUAGAAAUAGUAACUCCCCCCCUCCCCUACCACAAUGUUGGUUCGAACCAUGGUUAUUGGACUUCAAACCAACAUUGUAAACGGGGAGGGGGGAAAUUGAGAAAUUUUUGAAAAGUCUACGAAUUAAUUUCCAUGAUUGUCUAUAAAAGUAUGGCACUUAGUCAUUUUCGACCCAGAACAAAGGUAACUAUAUUAUAAAACCUGAUUCUCUUUUUGACUGAAAUUACUUUAUUUACCUUGUGCAAGGUUGCUGUGUAUUUUUUUUGCCGGGGGGAGCUUCAGGGGGGUGUGGGCAAACUGUUUAGCGACGGGAUACCUCAAAGUGUUUAAUUUUGACCGUUUCAAUAUCGGUUAAGUAAGUUAUGACAUUAGUUAGCCUUCGAGUUCCUUGAAAUAUAUUUGAAGUUUACAUAUACAUCUAACCGUAUUAAUUUAUUUAUAUAAACGUUGCUGCUACAGCUAAAUUAUAUCCAAAAUUUCAUUUCAUUUAUGCGUUUUAAGUUUGUGUGGUAAUAACAAUCUGCAUAACAAGACAUGCAAUUUUUCUAUGAAUAUAUCUUAUUAGGGAAAGUGUAAUACUGUCCUAUUUGUUGAUGUCAACUGUAACAGCAUUGACGUACAGAGACCAUAGCGCCCCAAAGGGGGAUCGUGGGAGGUGGGGGUGUUCCUCUACAUCCUCUUCGCAUUACCAACCAACUCUAUUUUACCAACUAAUUUGCCAACAGGUCACGGUUUUUCCUACAUAAUCUCCAUUUUGCCGACAAGAUUUCUAAGAAGUGGGUGUGGGGGGGGGGAGGCGGGGGGGGGGUGUCACACUCCAACAUACCACGUUCGGUAAUCCUUGUGUAACAGAGUAGUGCUUAUUUCGUUGUAACAGUAAAUCGUUAUAAUUAUCAUAGAAGGAAGAGUGUGAGAUAUGAUAUAAACAAAUUUUAAAUAGGGACUGCACAUGUUACCACAUGUUACUGUACAUGUUACUGCACAUGUUACUAUGUAUAUAUUAUAUUUUACUAUAUAAUUUGAACAAGUUACUGAUGUUUUUUUUAUAAUUAUUGAAGUAUGUACACUUUAUAUAAUGUACAGCAGUAACACAUAGCAACAUGUUGAAAAUUUCAACAUGUUACUACAUGUUACUGCUGUUUUUUAUAUAAAGUACAUGCUUCCAUUUUUAUAGAAAACAGCAGUAACAUGUAGUAACUUGUUGAAAUUAUGUAGUAAAAUAUAAUAAAUUGAUUGGAACAUGUGCAGUAGCAUGUACAGUAACACGUGGUACCAUACGAAAAAUUUAUUUAAAGAAUUAUAUGGUAAAAAUGUAGUACACUUAUAGUAACAUGAACAGUAACAUGUAGUAACAUGCAGUAACUUGUCCUAUAUGUAAUAUAUAGAGGUUAGUGAAAUAGUCACUGCAAUCAGUUAGGUCUAUUACCUCCAAAAUUUCGGUUGACGGAAAAAAAAUUGAAUCCCCCUCAUAAAAUAUACGACAAUGCGUUAGUUAUUAACUUUUAAUUAUUAACUUUCAAAUAUUAUAUACAUCAGUCAUUACGCAGAAUUACGUUUUGUAAAUACAGGCUUAUUGUAUGGAGCAGUGGAUCAUUUAUUAAAUCUUUCCUUAAAACCUUGGGUGUAUGCUUGAAAGAGUCUUUAUUACCUAACGAGCUAUUAUAUUAUUUUGGAGAGAUUUCCCGUUGAAGUAAAAGCAGACUGUGUAUGAUGUAAGUUUCUUGAUUAUCUCUCUGUAAUACCAUGAACUCUUAUCAAGUAAACCAUAAAUAUUCAAUAUAACAUGUAGAAUCUGCCAUGCUUUAGAGCUUUAAUGAGGAUUUAUACACCGCGUCUCCAAAUAUCCCCCCGCAAUUUUUGUCUUUAAAUUUAGACAAUCAUGGAAAUAAUAUCCGUAGACUUUUUUAAAACGCAUCUUGUCUGACUAUUUUGUAAAGCCAUUUUAUUUUUAGUUAAUACAAACGUCUAUGAUCGCUAGAAAUAGUAACUCCCCCCCUCCCCUACCACAAUGUUGGUUCGAACCAUGGUUAUUGGACUUCAAACCAACAUUGUAAACGGGGAGGGGGGAAAUUGAGAAAUUUUUGAAAAGUCUACGAAUUAAUUUCCAUGAUUGUAGUUACCCAAAUCCAUUUUGGCCCAAAAAAUGAGUUAGGCAAUUAUUCUGAGAGGCUGACGAUUGUAUAUAGACUUGUCAAAAGCGGUUGCAAUAUUUGUUCCGAGCAAUUUAGCAGAAACCAGAGAUAUCUUAUAUAAACUAGAUAGCGCAUAUCUUUUAGUAAAAUUGAACCCAAGAAUAUUCCAGCGGUUACCCCCAUUUGAAUAGAUGGCGGCCAUGUUGGAGUUUCCCACUCGCUAAUAAACGCUUAAAAAACAACAAUAACUUUCAUCAUUUGAAUAGUUUGAAAAUGUAUUUGCAAUAGGUUUAACUUAAUGUUUAAGUUCCCUGUUUAAGAAAUAGAAAACAUACGAGUCUUCUCAUUUCAUGGGAAUAUCCUGAGUCUGCAAUCACGGCUUCAAUGUUUGAAUUGCACAAUAAUUAGAUGCACUAUCUACUGUAUAUAAGAUAUCUAUGGUAGAAACCCAAAGACUCGCAUUUUAGUCCGCAAUAUACACCCCGAACUUAUAAUAUAAAACAAAGAGCAACUAAAAGAGGUCAAGGGUUGAUGAGGGAAGUUUAACCCCCACCCCAAGGGCUAUCGCUACGAGACUAUCCCUGUAAGGGCAUCGCUACUGGGGGCUAUCGCUACAAGGGCUGCCGCCACAAGGGAAGCACCACAAGACAACCGCCACCCAACGUGCAAACGCCUCAAGCGCCCUCAUCCAUUCGGACCUCGAUAUCUACUUCUUUUGCAUUCGUAUUUAUAUACGUUAAAAAAUACGACUCGUAACCUUGUGGGAGGAUUGCCACAACAGUUACACGUUACUGCGCAUGCCUAUGAAUAAUUAAUUUAUUGCAAAAUUUACCACCUAUAUUUAGAUAAGUAUACAGUUAAUAUCAUAUAUCCGGGAUGAUAUUGUUACGAUAUAUUCAUUACUAGGCGGCAGUUAUAAGCACAUGGUCAUAUAAAUAAAAUAUCUUUAUUAAUUCUCUAGAAAUACAUAAUUUUUAUUAAAUUCUUUAUAAAUACACAAUUUUUACUCAAUCGUAACUCGUGAACAUACUGUACAACGGUAUGACAUUAAUAUUUUUGGUGUCACAUAUAUUAAUAUUCUAAAUUAUAAAUAUAAAUCUGUCUUUAUUACUAUUAAUUUCAAUUUGUUUAUAGUAUGUUACUUAUGAUUGUUUUCUAAGGUAUACACACUUAAAAAUGUCACUGCUUGUCAACAACAUGUGUUCAGAAAAUGUGUUCCAGUUGUUGCCAAGUCUGGAACAAGUUGUUAUCAUCUUGUAACAAGGUUGAUGAGGCCAACAGACUCGCAACAAGUUGUUCCAACAAGUCUGAUAUCGUCUGCACGUAACAAGUUGAUGACAACAAGCUCGUAGCAACUUGUUACGAACAGCCUGUAUCGGUCUUGUUGGAACAACUUGUAGCAAGUCUGUUACCGUCAUCAACCUUGUAACAAGGUGCUAACAACUUGUUCCAGACUUGUCACAACAACUGGGAACAAGCAGUGCGAACACAUCCUGAUAUCGGCUUCACAACAACAUUUUACAGCUUGUUUGCAGAUUUGUAACAAGUUGCUCGUUUUUUCGCGUGUAGACUUUAACCACUUUGUGACGUUAUGUACAUUAUCGCGUUAAUUUUAUUAAAAUAGCAUUAAAUAUUCCAUAUAUAAAUAUAUUAAUAAAUAUAAGUAUUUUCAGUUCUUCUCAUUUCUAAACCUAAAGUUCAGUAUAUUUAGGACUAUUUUUUAAUACAAUAUUUAACCUUUUUAAGCACUGAGUCUAACCGGCCCCCAUUUGCAGAUUCUUUGACCACAAUAAUAUCGACCGUUGUAGCUUCAAAUCCUUCAUCACAGCGAAUUUUGUCUAGGAAGACGUUUAUGCUCCCUUCUAAACCACACCCAAGCACAAUAUUUUCCUCCUUUAUUACAGCAUACUUGAUUUUGCGUAUAAUUUUUUUGCAACCCUUUUGACAUUGCGUAAUACUUCGGUUGGACCAAUUAAUGGUCUGUGGUUGCUUUGGGAAAACAUUGCCCCUAUCGAUAGCCUCAGUGGUACCAAGGCAGCCACCAGUACUUCUUUUCGUUCGCUGGAAUAAAUUAGACAGUGCUGAUUCAGAGCUUACCACCAUGCUAGCUAGAACUAGUACCACCAACAUCUAAAUGAAACAAGAAAAGAAAAAAAUAAGUUCUUUGUAGGUUUGCAUGGCGAUAAAAUGCAUAAUACUUUGUUUGUGGAAACACCACGUAAAUUUAUUACUGCAAAGCUUUGGAUCCGUGCGUGAUGAAGAUCCGGGCUUACUGAUCUCGAAAGUGGAAUAUUUGGGUCAUUCUAAGAGGAAUGUGAUGUAUCUUUACAGUAAAAAACUCAUCUUAAUCAACUUUUUCACGGUCAAAGUUUCCUGAUAUGAUGUCAUUAGGUGAAUUUUUGGUACAAAAAAAAAACAAAGGAAAACUAAUUUGCAAUUCUUCUAAUCACAUCAUAUCCGGAAACUUUUACAUUGCAAAAGUUGAUCAAGAUGAGAUUUUUUAUUAUAAAGAUAUAUUACAUUUCUUCUUAUAAUGACCCAAAUAUUACACAUCAUAUUUUGAGUUAUAGUUGUACUUUAACCCAUAAUAAUUCUCUAACGUACAGUCCUCACAAUGUUACAAUAUUGCAAACAAUAAACGGUAAGAUUACUACUAUUUACAUAUGAGAACAAAAUGAAUUAGUACUAAACACGUUUACAAUUUAUAGUAAAUAAUUGCAAUUUUUACAAAACAGAUCGAAAUGCGCCUGGUUCACAUUAGAAAUUUUGUCAGCGAGUUUUCUCCUUCUGACAAAGAUCGAAUGAAUGUCAUGCAAAAGACUUCGAACUGUUUACUUCUGAAAAGCGACUCUAUACUUUUGUAUACGAGUUCACUCAUUUGCAUCCGUCAGAAACACAGAAUCGCCGACAAAUUGCUAUAUAGUCAUGUGAACCAGGUUUAGUAAGGCUAAGUUUGUUUAGAAAGAUUUUCCAAAGUUUGUGUUUGGCAUUGGUUAUUUUUGAGAUGAAAACAUCUGAAGAACAUGAACGUGAAAUGUCAAGGUGCUUACAUUCAAUGUCUAAGACUUUAAAGCACUAUAGUAUGUAAGUAUGCUUUCAAGUGUCUUGUUAUAUCUUUAGCGAAGAAGAAGACACAAUUCAUAAAACAAUUUUAUUUCAUGAUUAAAACUCUUGAAUUUGAAUGAUUUAACAAACGAAGAACGUGAUAAGAAGUUCGCAGUGGCAAUUCUGAAUUGCCUUAUAUAUCACAAGCUAAAGUUAAUCAUCACAAACACUUACUCUGAUCAAUUGAGACACACUGAACGUCGCUUUGAAGCCUAUCAUUUUCCUUUUGUUUACUGGCGAGCUGUUUAUACAAUUUCCAAGCUUUGAAUUUUGGAUGUACUGUAUAACCGUUACACUGAGAUUGUGCUGAUCUGAAAGAAUUCAUCGCUUAUAUGCACACGAUCCUGAUCUAUUUUUGAAGCAUUACACUCCAAUAAGUUUAGUCGCGGUGCUAAAACCCUUUGUGUUAUAUUUCCGUAAUAUGCACGGUGUGACGUUACGGUUGGAAGCGAAAUAUCGCUCCGCUUAUAGCGCGUACAAAAUUACUGUUUCAUCCAAAAUUGCCUGAUGUACAAUGCUUCAUUUUGUACCUAAAAUUCUCCCCUGUGAUUCCUUCUUGAUGACUUUAAACUAUUAUUGUAGCGCCGUAAUCGAACGAGCAGCUUGUGGUUUUUCAUCAGUAAAGUUAUAAAAUUAUUGUAUGCAGUAGCUCAUGUCAUGUACAUGAGAACUAUCACUUUCGAAAGUCGAGAUCUUCCAAUUCCUAGCAUCCGUUGAUAUUCUGAUCUCGCGAAUUCCUCGGCAAACGUUCUGAAAUUUUUAAAGCCUCGGUGAGCAUGAUUAAACACAGUUUCCCAUAAAUAAUAACGGAAAUUAUUUUCAUUUCUACAUAUAUACAUGCAUACAGCAGUAGCUAGCCAUAACAACAAGUCAUGGCUAUGCAAAUUGUUAACGAUUUGAAUUAUUCAAACUUUUAGAAAUGAUUGCUUUAACCUAUUUAUAGGUGCAGAUUUAUUAGCAUAGCGUGACAUUGCCUUGGCUAGCUCGCCACUGAUACAGUGGGAUAAAUCUCGCUUGUUAAGUCUGUUUCAUAUAUGCCUGCGCUAUUAUCGUUUACAGCUGUUGUUGCAUACAUUCGUUUGUGAAUUAUUUGGUUGAACUGCUAACGACAAUAGUCCGCCGACAUACCGCAGGCAUAUUUGAACCAGGCUUAACCAUAGAUAUCUUAUAUAAACUAGAUAGCGCAUCUCUUUUAGUAAAAUUGAAGCCAAGAAUAUUCCAACGGUUACCCCCAUGUGAAUCGAUGGCGGCCAUGUUGGUAGUUCCCACUCGCUAAUAAACGCUUAAAAAACAACAACUUUCAUCAUUUGAAUAGUUUGAAAAUGUAUUUGGAAUAGGUUUAACUUAAUGUUUAAGUUCCCUGUUUAAGAAAUAGAAAACAUACGAGUCUUCUCAUUUCAUGGGAAUAUCCUGAGUCUGCAAUCACGGCUUCAAUUUUUCUAUUGCAGAAAAAUUAGAUGCACUAUCUAGUGUAUAUAAGAUAUCUAUGGGCUUAACAUACAAUUGGCUACUGGAAUCACAAUUAAUAAAAACUAGACAAUAAUUAAGGAUUUUCAUUAAUUAGCUUGGCAGCAAAAUCACAACCACGGAAGCGAGGCUCGAUAGCCAAUCCUAAUUUCGGAAGGGUGUAUUUCCUAAAAAAACUCGACAAAACUAUGAAAAUCCUCUUUUCUAAGAAUAAAUUCGCAAGCUUGAGAGCCCGCGGUUGAUAUUCGUUUCAGUCUGAUAGAGAUACCGUUUCCCUAUUACUUCGGAUUCGAUACAGUCUGUAAUAUAGAGUUCAGUUGCUUAUGCCAGAUCAAUCAAUAAUUAAGGAUUUUCAUUAAUUAGCUUGGCAGCAAAAUCACAACCACGGAAGCGAGGCUCGAUAGCCAAUCCUAAUUUGGGGAAGGGUGUAUUUCCUAAAAAAACUCGACAAAACUAUGAAAAUCCUCUUUUCUAAGAAUAAAUUCGUAAGCUUGAGAGCCCGCGGUUGAUAUUCGUUUCAGUCUGAUAGAGAUACCGUUUCCCUAUUACUUCGGAUUCGAUACAGUCUGUAAUAUAGAGUUCAGUUGCUUAUGCCAGAUCAAUCAACUGAGCAUGCGCAAAUGUAUUCAAGAUGUUCAUUUACCUAUACUGCGUGUAUAUAGAACAUGUGGUUUUAUUAUAAUGAAAGAAACUGCAGUUUAUUAUUAUAUAUUCUGAGUAUAGGGACUUAUUUCAAGUUGAUGUACUCAAAGUCAGACUAUAGGAGUGUUCAAGAUACGUGGGCGGUAUAUUUUUACUUAUUGAUGUAAUUAUUUACAAUUUAAAAAUAUUACAGCUGGGGAUCUUUGAAUAAAAGAAUGAGUUCAUUUAUUACACAAUUUGCAAGAUUGACAUUUUUACAUAUUUACAUAUAGGUCAAUAAUUCCUAUAUUAUAUGUAAUGUAAAAAAAACAACUUUAUUUCAACAGGGUUACCCUUUCAGAAGACAAGUUUUGCUAUCAAUAGGACGAAUCAAUCGUAUAUUAUGUAAAAAAUUAUGAUCUACUUUAAUAGAAGCCAAAGGUUAAAAGAACAUUAGACUGUUCUAUAUAAUAUAUCAUUAUAUUGAAUAUAAAACAAGGGUGAAAUAUGAUGUCAGGGGUUUAAAACUAAGAGAUAAACUUAAAGGGAACUUAAUUAAGAUGUGCUAAAUCUAGUACGCGGAUAUGACGAAGAAAUGGUGAACAUAUUUCACUUUUUGAUUUGUUACAAAUUUGAAUUUGAUUUGUUUUUCAUCUGUAUCAGUGCUGAUUUAGAAACACAUUCCAUAGUUUUUUUACCUAUAGUCUAAUGUGGUCUUGCAAACGAACUUCUAUCAGUUGGGAUUUUAACUGUGAAAGCUUUGGCAACAUUUUUAUAUUAUCGUUUAAUUAAGUAUAAUUCCAAUAAAAAUGAAACACUUUCGGGCUUUCAUUAUAAGACCCCUAGUUAACAAAAUGUAUAAUUAAUAUAUCAGUGUAUUUACAUGUGAAGUCUUGGAAAUGGUACAUCCAAGUUAAUAAAGAAAGAAAAUGCAAGGAACACUUUAAUAUUUUAUCGUUCUUUCAUGGCUAUAGAAUCACGGACAUUUUACUUCCUCGCUAAUUUGCAUAUCUUCCAUGGAUGACACGUGGAAAUAUGCACACUUCUGCAAGGUGUCCCAAAAAAAACCCAAAACUAUUGAAACAGUCAUGAAUUGUUAGAAUUUGAAUGCCUCAUGAGCGCUCUGCCGAAUCCACAAGUGCAUAAUAACUUGACAUAAGUAAAUGUUAUGCAUAAAGAAACUGUUUAAAAGAAUGUUUGUAAGAGAGAUUUAUGUAAUAAAUCCUAAAGUUUUUCUCGUCUAGAAUUUAAGAAGCUUUAAAUUCCCAACAGCAGAAAAUCGUGCGCUUUACAAAGAUAUUUUAAUCUCUUAAUAAGUCAAUAUUUAAUAUAUGCACCCCUGUCAAUAUUUUACACAUCUUUGCGUUCAGCUUAGUGCUAGGGCAUUAAAAUUCGUUUUUUUUGGGACACCCUGUAAUCAGUAAACAGUAAAUUAGAUUACGCGAUGCAAAAUCGGAAAAUACGAUGUCGUUUGCAAUUUGCCUCAAUCGCUGGUUGCAGAACAAAAUCUGUGGAAAUAUUUAUAGUGUAAUGUUGGCCUCGUUUAAGUCAUUGCCUAUUCUGCAUUUUCGUUUGUUUCUAGUGGCAAUAUCAUGAUUAGACUGCUUUGUGUCUCUGCUAAAUUCGGGCAAAUUAGGAUCCAGUUCGCACAAUGAUCUUGAAUCUAAAUGUUGUCAAAAUGACUUUCCUACUUCGACCAAGCUUUGUACAACAUAACUGAACGUGUGCUCCUUGUGUGAAGGCAAUUGAAUUGGCUGUACGUUCUGACAAAAAUCAUGAACAUUUGGACGUUCAAAGUUAGGUAAUAGCUUGUAUAAAACCGUAUUGGUUCGAUUGUUAACGCACUAAAUUGGCACAUCGCAACAGAAUUCGAGGUGGAUAAUAUGGAAAUGUUUUUCUUAUUAUUUUUGUGGAGCUCGCUUGAAGUGUCUUGUUGACUUAAUAUUUGUGAGAAUUAAUUCCUAUGUUGUUCACUCGUAUUCCGUCAUAUUGAAUUCUUCACUGCGUAUAUUUGCUGCUGCAUGUGCCAAAUUUCUGGCCUGGCGUUUAUGACUUCAAUUGUUCCAAAUGUCAACAGCGAUUCCUAUAUACCUCGGUUCCUGUACAUAUACUUUAUGUAUAGCUUUUUGAAUUUCGCGUGCAACUGCUGAUAUGUGCAUGCGAAUUGAUUCAAUUUUGAUAAAAUUCGGAUAAAUGUUGAAAAAUUAGCAAGGAAGUUAGCAAUUAUAGCAAAGUAAACUGAAUAUGUAAGUGUAAUAACUAUACAAAGUCAUAAAGAUUGAAAUUUAUUCAAUUUUUUAUAAAUAUACAACAACUGUUGCAGUAUAAGCAUGCUUUGCAAAGCUAUGACAUUACUAUUUAAGGUUUAUUAUAAAUUAAGUAUACGCCUAGCUGGUGUUAAAUUCAGAAUGACCAAAUAAGAUCCUUCAUUCUCGAGAUAUUUAACAACGUUCAUUAUGUGCAAAUUAUGCUAAUUACAUUAAUGACUUUCUGAAAAAAAAACUUGUGCACUUGUUAUACAUGUAGAUAGUUGAUUCAAAUUUGUCGAGAUACGAUAUAUAUUAGUAGUAUAUGUCGCAUGCAGAACACAUGCCUAUAUACGAUUUUCAGUGAUUUCGAUGUAUCCUGAGAUCUUGAAAUUUUAUCACAAAGUCAUGAUUCAAAUAUUUUUAAAUAUCUCAAGAACGCGAUGCAAGCUUAUAGAGAGUUCAGCAAUGUUUCGUAUUUGGUCAUUUUCAAUUUUCCUGGCAAUGCAACCAAAAAAUGGUGAGAAAUUUUGUUGCUUAAGUUGAAUUAAAUUAACUAAAUAGCAUUAAAUAUUUAAUAUUUACAAAUAUAAUAAAUAUAAAUAAGUAUUUUUACAUUGUAUUUCUGGUUAAAAUGUAAAGUUCAAUAUAUAUAUAUAUAUAUAUAUAUAUAUAUAUAUAUAUAUAUAUAUAUAUAUAUAUAUAUAUAUAUAUAUAUGUGUGUGUGUGUGUGUGUGUAUGUUACUUUUACACACAAUCAAUUAUAAUCUCUUCUUGCUUCGCUUCUAGUAGAUCCCCGUUUUCAUACAACACUGUAAUAUUCGCCUUGAUGGCUUUAAAAUUGUCUUUGCAAACACGACGAUGUCUGUUCUUAGCGUCCGCAUCAAGAUCAAGUAUUACCUCGCUGUUCGGGAGUUGAUUUGUUUUUCUACAACCAACAACAACGUCUUCAAUCUUUAUCACUGCGUACUUGACUUUUUUUACAACUUCGUAGCAUCCUUUCUUGCAUUUAAUUCCUUGAACAGCGUUGGGCGGAAAAAUAUCGCUCCUGUGUGAACUGCUUUCAAUACAAUUAUUCGUACUUCGCUUUGCUCUAUGCAACAAACCAGCAAGACCUUUGUGUUUGGUUACGACCAUGUUCAGUGUAGCUAGCACCACCAGCGUCUACACGGGGAAAAGAUAGAAAGUUUUAAGUAAACAAAGUUAUAUCAUGCCGUUGUGCAUAGUUAAUGGUGGUUAAUGGUAGUUAGUGGUGGUUAAUGGUGGUUAAUGGUAGUUAGUGGUGGUUAAUGGUGGUUUCGUUCUAGAGUAUUCUAAGACUUUUUAAGAACGUACAACGAAUUGUGAUAUAGUCAAUGUUGAUGCACCAUCUUGUACCUAUACAAAAUCUUUUCUCUGUUCACGGCACUGGGUACAACUUAAGAAACUCUGAAAUAAAGCUAAAUUUGCCCAAACCACGAACUAGCUAUUUAAAACGAAGCCUUUGUUAUAGUGGAGCCUUAUUGUGGAAUAACCUGCCUCAAAUUAUACGAAUGCUUCGUUCGUUACCACUAUUUAAAAAUUCCUUAAAUUAUUACUAUAAUUUGUAAAAUGACUUCCACACGCGGCAAUCUUGGAAAUCAGUUGUAAUUAUUUUUCUAUCUAAUUAAUGUACUGAAGAUUCUACCGUGUUUAAAAUAAAGUUUUAUUGAAUUGUAUUGUAUUGUAUUGUAUUGUAUUGUAUUGUAUAUUUUUAUAACCGUCUUUCAAUAAAGGACGUUUUUGUUUCAUCGUCGAGACAUUUCUGACCAAAUUUUAAAACAUUGUUCAAGUUCAAAUCGCGUUAAACCUUCAUGGUUGUUUCUUCAGUAAUAUCUUUGAAGUUUGCUGGCUUGCUUAACGAUAUUAUAUUAACUGUGAUUAUAGGUUUCUGUAGUCUUAUGGAAAUUAUCGAAAGUGUAACAUACAAUUAAUAAACUCUUAUAAGGGGGCGCGCAGGAAUUAAGUCAAGUAUCAUUCAUACAUACAUGGUCUACAAUUCCGCGUUCACUUUUCUUUGCCCGUAAAAGCACGACUACAAACAUUUAUUCAUUUCUUAUCCAAUUUUUAUAUAAAAUGAACCAAAAUUUAAUCGAUUUCUCUCGGGUCUACGGCGAUUAACCCACCAAAAUUUCAUAUUUUCAAGAAAUUGACCGAUUAAUAAAAAACUUAACAGUAACAAAUUCAUAGCAAUAAAAUUCUAAUAGUAUAAUCUUAAAAUGAUCUAAACUGUUAGGAAAGCGUGCAAGCAUAAAAUUGAAUCGGUUGAUUAAAUUGAAUUGAUAUUAAAUUCCUAUAAAACAGUAAUAAAUUAAUGUAAUAAUGAUCAUAUAUUAAUAUAAAGUAUAGUAUUAAUAAUACUUACAUUUAUCAUUAAUUGCCGCAUGUUGAAAGCAACUUUGAAUUCCACCAUUUUCCUUUUCUGUAUAGUAGGGCUUUAUAUAGUUUUCAAACUUUCAAUUUGCCCUGAACUGUAAGCGUUACUCACGUUACUGUUAUUCUGACGAGAAUUUUGCAAGUCUUGACUUAUAUAUCCUCAAAGACAAAUGAAGUUAUUUUUGAUUGCAUUACUUAAAUUUCCCCCUGUAGCCAAUUGCUAAAACCUCUUUAUGUUGUAUUUCCGCUAGGCGUGACGCUUUUAGUUACUAUUCAGUAUUGCGCUUGUAAGACGAAAUAUCGAUCAACGCUAUAAGCGCUAUAUGAGACGUUCAUAUUUGGAGUUGUACCUUUAUAUCUCGCAAGGAAUUGUUUUUAGGGCUGUUUAUUAAUAAGUUGUUACAGUAAUUGCAACAAUUUUUAUAUUUCGAAAUAUUUGGUACUAUAAGAUAAUAUUACCCGUGUAAUUGUGGUAUAUAUAUAUAUGUGUCGAUAUUAAACUGCAGUAAAUAUAAUAGAAUAGAAUAGAAACUUUAUUUGAAUACGCGGAUUUGAAUUAGUAACAAAUGCUAGUAUAGCAAAUACUAUCAGAUAAGAUUUAAAUUCAAAUUCUUUAAAUCUUUUUGAGAUUCUUAUCCUAGGGAAAUAAUUUUAGACCACGGAAAUGUCGCAGAAUUAUGUCCAUAUGGCCAAAUUGUGACAAUUAUAAUUCGCUUCCUAGGCCGGAAAAUAGAUUUAAUGUUGUUUAAAUUCCUAAAAAUCUUUGUCUAUUUUUUUCUAAUGUUGCUAUGCGUUAUGUGCAAAGGGGAAACAACUUUAAAUAUAAUAGCAAACCAGACAAAAGUUUUAUGUAGUGUUUAUGUUUUUCUGGUAGAAAUUUUUUGCUGAUUCUACAGUAGGAAGCCUUUCCCAAUUGGCAUUGUGGCGAUUCCCUCUGGGGGUGCUAUUCAAAUAUUAUAAACGUAAACAUAGCGAUAUGUCAUUUUGUCGUAUUUGAUGCAAUGAUUAAGGAUAUAUAUUAUUGACGUAUAGAUGGGGAAACCCCAAAGUAAACUUAACUAAUAUCUCGUCGAAUAUAUUAUAGCUUUAAUUCGCUUUUAUAUAAUAAGUUUUCAUUGUUAAUUACCUUAUAUUGCGCAGUUUAUUCAUUAUGUCUUUUGAGCGCGCAGUAAUUGACUUUUCAAGCUAUUGCGAAUAUGCUCAUAACUUUGCAUUUGGAGUUUAUGUAGUAUGUAUUUGUUUAUACUGAUAUCCAAUUGAUUGAUUGAAAAAGCGAUAUAAGUAUAAUAUUGUGAUAUAAUUCAAGAACAAUAUUGAAUAAAAUGAAAUGAUUGAUAUCUACUCGCGCCACAAGAUUUGAAAAUUUUAAUAAUUUUAAAAAUUAAGAAAGCAUUAAAUCGAUAUAUGAGAUUCCGGAAACGAAUUAAAUCCUUGCGUCAUUUCCCUCAACCAUAUACUAUAGCUUUUCAAAUAUUUUUAUGCAUUGAGUAAUUUUAUAAGUAUAUAACUCAAUUCUGCGUAGAUUCAACGUAAUUUGAUAGGUUUUCUCACCUCGAUAUAAGCAAAUUUAACUUAUUAAUUCCUUUGAAAUAUGGAACAACAACUUGUAAGCGUGGGCAUAUGAUGCAUAAAUGCAAGACAUAUAUACGUAAGAAAAUAUAUUGGUUUUGUUGUGUAAUGGGCUUUUUGUGUAGAAUGUUUCAUGAUGCGAGUCUGGAGCUUUAAUGGUGAAAAACAAGAACAAAUGAUCGAUAUAUAGUCGCUAUACCAAAAGGGUCUAGAUUCAAUUUUAGUUUGAUAUAUAUAGACUUUCUUACUUACUUAAGGUUAUUGGCAAAUAUCGAGAUUUUCUUGGCAUCGAUUCAAUAAUUUCCAUGAUCUUCAACUUUUCUUACUAAAGCAAGUUUAAAUCAAAAGUGAUUUUAAAAUAAUAGGGAACUAUAUAUAUAUAGACUAGAAUUAUAGGGGCGUGCACAAAAAUGCAUACAUCACGUUUUUCAGCGAAAAAAAACGGGUAUUUUGUUUUUCUGGAGUUUUUGUAAAGACUCGCAUGCUUUCAUGCUGUGAGCCGGAUCAUGUAAACGAACAACAACAAUGAUCAAUAUCAUAAUCACUCCUCUUCAUGAGCUCUGGUUUGAAUGAAUGUACAACGCUUCCUAUAUUCAACGUUUCGUUGCACAUAUUGUUAAUUGUGCUUAUUCGCUACUUAUUUUCAAAUUCAAAUUGUUAGAUUGUAAUAGCUUAAGUUCGCUGUGUGAGAUUGUAGUGCCUAUCACUGAAUUUCGCUUGCUUUUGUUGGGGCAAUGCAAAGAUCUAAUACAGCGACGACUCGCAUCAAUGAACCAGUACGUUACUGAAGAACCGCCCUGUAAUUUAGGUAAUUUAAACACCCAAAAUACAAGUGCCACUUUAGCUAUACAGACUUGUUCUUAAAAGACCUUUUGGAAUACAUGUUCUUGAACUGGUAGGCUACAUUCAAGUAUAUAUAUGCUUGAUUAUAGAUUUAGGGGCGGUUCAUAUGCCGCUGGGCUGGUCCGGUUAUAGCCCGAGUGAUUCGUUCAAUAAAAACUCAUUUCAGAGUUGACUUUGCUUAUGGUUUGUUACCAGUAUAACAGUUUACGAUAUCUCAUGGCCAGGAAAACAUUUUCGUGACACGAUUUAUCGCGAUCCUUUUUUUUUGCCAAUACUCAAUGAGGAUACACUUUAUCAAAUUUCAGAGGUUUUUAAAUAGCUUUUAUUAGUGUAAUACAAUCAAUUGCUCACUAUUUUACAGGGGAAGAAAAAACUUAAAAUUCCAAACCAGGAAUUGUUUGUUUGACCGAAAAUAAGAAUAGAUUAGAUAACCGUUUUUAAAAAGAUCAUUUUGCAGCCAAAGGCUGAAUUACAUGACUUGAGUAUAGUAUUACAUCAUUAAUUAAAUGAUGCAAACUAUACGUAGAUGUUCAUGAAAAACAAAUGUUCAAAUUAGAUAUUCACAAUAAAACUAUAUCAAUAUCUUUUGAUCAUGCAGUUAAAAAAGUAACUCAGAUAUUAUAAAACCCUCCCUAUAAGUAUACCUCGAUAUUAUAGAACAAUCAUCUCAUCCGCACGUCAGAUAUUGUACAAGUUCUUUCAGAGUGAGAAAAUAAGUUGGAGUUGUUUAUGUGUGUUUCCAUGACUGUAUUUAUUUCAUCGCGUGCUUCAUAUCUGUAAACUUUUAUCCUACUAAUUGACAAAGAUCCCACCUAGCGUAAGAUCUCACACAGAUGGUCGUUUUCAUAUGAAACAUGCAAUGAUUUUUAUUUUCACUAAUAAGGUAAAGAAUGACUUUUCCGGUUAGCUAUAGGUUCAAAUGUACUGUUCCUAGGACCAAAUUCCAGGGACCGUUUACCGGUUCGUGCUUUCCGAUCGAUCUGGACCGAUCCGAAGCCGGUUCCUUAAUUGGAGUUCUUGUUGAGCAUCCACACGAACACAAAAACUGAAUGAAUUAAUCAAACUAUAUCGUUGACCCCCAUUAAGGUGCAUUGUGCCCUAGCUAUAUACUUUACUAUUUUACAUUUAACGUUUUCUGUCCUCAAUAUGAACGUCAGAUUGCCGAAGGGGACUGGAUUUCUGUCAGUUCGUGCUAAAUCUUCAACAUAUAUGACACGACAGAAGAUUUCUGUUUCCUUGCACGAGCGAUAUGAUGCUAAAUGCCCCGAAAUGAGUUAUAUACCAACUUUGACGCCGAUGCCAAUAGCUUAUUGGAACAGCUAAGGUGAGAUGAUCCAAACCAACAACGCCAAUUUCAAAAAGCGUUGAUGGUUUUUAAAUCUUUAAAUAACCUUGCACACGAAUAUCUAUAUGUUCUAAAUUUACUAAUCGCAAUAAUGUAACUUCUUAUAUACUUCGAGACUCCGUGAACAAACUUGCUGCUCCUUUACCCCGCACCAAUUAUCUUUAAAAUAGCUUUAGCUAUUGUGGUGCAGUGUUAUGGAACAGCUUGAGCCUACCUAUAGCAACAUAAGACAAGCCGAAUCUCUUACUGAAUUUCGACAGUUGUCAGUGAAACAUCAUGUUCGAUAGACACGCCCUUCAUGGAAAACAGGUAUAAAUAUUAAUGUAACAUAGGCUUGAAAAUUUUUUAACUUAUUAAUGUAGAUAACUAUUUUUUGUAAACCUGAUGAAGCUGCUUACAAAAACAUCCCUUGGUUAAUUUAAGCUCUCUACUAAGAGUAUAGGGGGGGGUUGCCAGCAUUCUAUGUAAGAUAUUAACUCGGUUGUAAAACGUUUACUUGGCAAAUGUGUCAUCAGUGACAUCAGAAAAAUACCCCAAAUCCGUGCAGAGCGCUUGCGUCAAUUAGCCCUUCUCACGAUGACGAAUAUCCGCCAUUUUUGGGUGGCAUCCAAUUCUCGUUAACCAAUGCAGACAAUUAAAACAAUGUGAAAAGCAAAAUAAACUAACCAUUUACAAAGCAAAUUUACCAUCAUUUGUCCAAAAAUUAUAAAAUGUCGCUGUUAUGUGGACUUAUCUCGCAGACUUCGGCUGAAAUGCCACUCAAAAAUGGUGUCGUGUUAAAGGCUAAUAGGCCACUGCAUGCAUGCGUAGUAUUUUUUUAAUUAAAAAACAAAACAAUACCAUCUCGGAAAAACAUUUUGAAAAGUGUUUAUUCAACGUUUCUAGACAUUAGUCAUCGUUAGGAAUGAAUGAAAUUACUACAUACCAUAGCUAAUGUACAAUUGAAGAAAUAUGAGAAGCGCUAUAUAAGGUUAUUAUUUCAUUAUUAUAUUAAUAAGUUUUAGUUCUGGGAUUGAGGUCAGGUAUCAAUUUUCGUAUAGCAAGAGAUUCUUCAGAACAGUAAUAUAGUAAUAAAUCGAUUUUUAAUAAAAAAAAUAAUAAUCACACAGUAAUCAAUCGAUUAUUUUACAGUUAUUAAAAAGAAAAUCAGAUAAUAUAUACAUGUUAUAUUGGAGUCUUGGUGUUAGUUCCAUUAUAGUUUUGAUGUAAUUAAAUUGUGCACAUAGUGAGAUGUGGUAGUUAUUAUUAAAUUCGUCCAAAAUGUUUCCCCAUGUAGCAAUGACUAUAUCUACGUGACUUGGAACAGACUUUCUUCCCAAUUACAACCUCAUCCCUUAUAUAUCAUGUAUAUAUUUCGUGGUAUUCUGAGCCCGCCUCUUCAUGCCCAACGCUUCCUAUAUAUUGUUAAAACUAUGCUUGAGCUAUAUUGCGAAUAUAUAUAGACCAUAAAAAAUACUUAGGUUUACUCAUUUAUGGAUUAGCGUUUCGCGGGGCCAAUGACAUAUUAACAGCUCUGGGCCCCUUGACCCCCACCCCAACGGAAUUUUAAACACUGAAAUCAGAAAGAUUCAUAAAUAUAAAAGUAUUUUAAUGCGUUGAAAAAUUGCCUGUUUAUUUACAAAAAGAUAUAUACAUCAAUAAUUUGAACUAAAAUGAUUAAUUAUAUAACUAUAUAUUGCAAUACUCACGCCCGUAUUCUAAAAUCUCACUCACACUCAAUGAGUGGAGGUUCAAUCUGAGCUUCUCUUGAGUGUUAAUGCUGUUUUUGAAUAGCUGGAGGGCUAGCUGUGUCAUAACUUACUCGGUGACUACUCACCCACUCAAGAGAAGCUCAGAUUGAACCUCCACUCAUUGAGUGUGAGUGAGCUUUUAGAAUACGGGCGUCAGACUUUAAAACAAGUAAUAACCUAUAAAAGCAUAUACCUGCCGUAUAUUACAUUCGCCGUUGGGCCCCGGCCGAACCAGGGAACAAAAAAAUUUGAUAAUAUAGUAAGCGCGGGGGCCGUGCACUGGGCUCUGGGCUAGGCAGCUCUCAAGCCAGGAUGAAAGUCGGUAGGCACGCGUUGUUACGUGGGGGACAUUUGAAGCUCUAUAUAUUAACGAAAUAAACGUUUGGUCAGUGUUUCAACUCCGGCGUUUUACCUUAAAUAGAACACGUAUGAUAGUGCUGGCAAAUCACUAAGAACAGCUAACCAACGUCGCAUAGCAACGCUCGUGCACUCUUCAUAUUUGAAAACGAGUGCCAAGUUAUUUGCGUGGUUAUAGUUUAGACGACACGAUAUACAUAAUUCUAAUAGCAGAUAUUGUGGUGUUGGACAAAGUUAAUGUGAAUGGUUUAACAUGCAUUUUUAGGUAGACUUAAUGUGCAAUUUAAACAUUUCUAUAGAUAGUUUAAGUUUUAUGUUUUAUAUGUACUUUUCUGUUCACGAUACCUUCAUUGUAAGAAGUUGUUUUAAUUGAAGACUUUAUCCUGUUAUGUUUUAAUAAUAGUGCGUUAAAAAAUGCUUAGGAACGAACUUUCCCUAAGUCUCAUGUUAAUAGUAUAUUUUGUGUUCAAUAUAUAGACCACAGUAAGACUUUUUUAAUGUGUUUACGACAUGAGAGAGGUUAAGAUACCCCGGUUUCGAUGUACGGAUACGAGUAGUGUCAUCUUGUUUUACUGAUGUCUGUAAUUCGAUCAUGCUUUUUCUGUUUUCUUACAAUAGACAAUGAUAUAAUGCGAAAAAUGUGCACCUUAAAGGGAAAUGGCAAUAUAUUUUUUUAUUUUCUUAUUUGAAAGAACUUUUGAAACUAUUUAAUAACUUCUUUUACCGAUUCUUCAUAUCUUGCUUAGUUCUUGAAAUAUUUUCACUUGAAGUAAUGAGAUGUCGGCCAUCUUGGAUAAAAUUUUGAUCUCAUUAAAGCCUGCCGCACACGAGAGCUAUCUGCUGAGCAAAAAGUUACUCGUGCCUGUUAGCGCAGCCGAUAGCUUACCGUGUGCGGGUACAUUUUACUGAGUUUUUCGCCUCAUGCAACCUUUUCUCACGUAUCAAACAUGUUUGAUUGGUGAGCUAUCGGCUGAGCUAACAGGCACGAGUAACUUUUUGCUCAGCAGAUAGCUCUCGUGUGCGGCAGGCUUAACGGUAGUUUUGGUGACGUCACAACAGGGAUUAACCAUAUAAAAGUAUUCGUUACUGACCAAAUAUAGACUGGUAGAUGUUUUAAACGUUUCAAGUGAUCUUGAUAUUUCCAAGAGCAUACAGAGUAUAAUUUUGGGUGCAAAAUGAUUAGUGGUUGUCUAGAUAAAAAUAUUGCGUGACCCCUGUUGUGACGUAACAUGCAUAUCCACAAAAAUUCAAGAUGGCGGACAUUUCAUUUCUUUCGAUUAAAAUAUUUGUAGAAGUAAGCAAGAUAUGAAAAAACGGUAAAAGAGUUUUAUAUAUGGUUUUAAAUGUUCUUUCAAACGAGAAAAUAAAAAAAUAUAUUGCCAUUUCCCUUUAAUUACGAGUAAAGGUACAGACAUCGACGAAAAUAUUGCUAACCAAAAUCAUGCUAUACUCGUACACCGAAACCGGGGUAUCUUAACCUCUCUAUUAACAAACGAGAUUUAAUCCAUCUUCAGGUAUAGGAUUACAAUUUGCAUUUAAACUGACAUGCGCAUGGAUAGACGUUUAUUAACCUGAAGAUGGAGCAAAUCUCCGAAACGUCGUUUGUUAAUGUAAUAAACACAUUAAAAAAGUCUUCUGUGUUCUGUAUAUUGAACACAAAAUAUCAUAAUACGUUAGUUUCGCUACAUGCUGUUUUUUAUGCAAAUUUCCUCCAUGUGCGUUUGUUCAAUAUUGCUUGAGUGUUCCUUUUACAAGUGGUGACUGUCGGUUCAUUGUAUGCGUGAGCUCAUUCUUAAACAUGGGGUUUACACUACAACGUUUCAGUAAUCUCAAUGGAAUUUUGCGUGUGUAGAUUCUAAGUUUUGAAGGAUUUGUAAGAAAUGUUUGUGGGAUCUGACUUAUUGCAGUGCUAGACUGUGAGUGAAUUCCCUCAAACAUUUCUUACAAAUCCUUCAAAACUUUGAAUUUACAUAUGCAAAAUUCCUACUGUGAUCACAGAAACUUUGAUAGUGUAAUAUCCUCCCAAUAAAUUGGCUCCACAUAUAAUUCCCACAUUUCGUGUUCCCAUCGUCCAAGCGAGCUGUUACGAGCUAAUAUCGCAUAGAAUCCAUCCUUUUUAUGCCUUUCUUGGUGAGAUGGCACUUGAAGUAUUGAUGCGUUUCUUUCUAAAUCAAUUGACGUGUACUUCAAAUUUUCUCCUAGCAGGUAUAAUAGACCUUUCCCCUUUUAAGUGAAAUUUUGAUCUAGAUAUGCCUGGACAAAAAUUUCAUCACAGCUUGAAAGAGUAUCACAAAAUUAGUAAUAUUCCGAAGUUUCGUUGCGAAAUGUUGUAAAAUGCGGAUAAUAUAGCCUUGUGAAGUUUGCCGUUUUUCAGUCAUUUUGCAUUACAAAUGGAAAUUGAUAAUCAGAUGAUCAAACUGGUUAUCAAUUUCCCGUGCGUAAUACAAAAUGACUGAAAAACGGCAAACUUCGCAAGGCUAUAUUAUCCGCAUUUUACAACAUUUUGCACCGAAACUUCGGAAUAUUACUAAUUUUGUGACGCUCUUUCAAGCUGUGAUGAAAUUUUUGUCCAGACUUGUCUAGAUCAAAUUUUCACUUAAAAGGGGAAAGGUCUAUUGGCUGAAGGAAUGUAGCUGUAGAGACCUCCUCUCGUACUUAACACUUGCAAAAUGCAAGUAAAAUGUUAGCCUUUGCUAUACUAUAAAAACUUUUCACAAGCAAACUUCUGCAAAUAUGAACGUUCGGGUAAAUUUAGCAAUUCUGGGUGCCGAUAUGUGAUUUUAAAUUUUGCUACAUAUUGACCUUGCAUGCAGUGAAACCUCUAUAUAUACUAUCACAUGUUUGCUAUAGCAGUCAAGAACGGAAAGAUAGACACUCCAGGCCAGGUUGUCAAAAAUACAAAUGACAAGCUUGCAUGACAUGGUUGGUUGAAAGCAUAUGCAUGGUUGAAAAAUCAGACCAAAUUCCCAGUGAACUAUAUGUAUUGAGUGAAGCCAAAAUGCCAGGAUUGAGUGAAGCCAAAAUGCCAGGAUUGAGUGAAGCCAAAAUGCCGGCCAAAUAAAACUAGCCUUGGGUAUAAAACGCGCGUGUAUUUCGCGUGGGGUUCACGGGAGGUGUAAAGUGAUUAAACAUCAGCAGAACCAGUGGUAUUAGCCAUUUCCCAAUGGAGCAGAGGACUGGGUCUAGUUGAUGUUUGGAGGGACAACAAGUUAUAGUGAGCGAGCUAAAUAUAUAUUAAAAGAUGCUUAUUAUAAUUGUUGCAUUUCAGGCUGCACAAAUACCUUUAGGAAUGUAGGAAAACUUCCUAUAGAUGCCAUGUUCGGCAUAUUGUUUAUUUUUUGUCCCUCCAAACAAACGACUAGACCUAGUUCUCUGCUCGAUUGGGAAAUAGCUAAUUGUUAAUAAUUUUUUAAAUAUAUAUAAAACAUUGAACUGAAUCAGAAAGAAGAAGAAUUUGCCUGAAAAUUGAAAUAAAACCUGCAUGAAACUUUAAGUAGCAACAGUUAUACUAUUUUAAGCGCUAUUUAAAAGAUGAGCAGCAGUGUUUUAUUAGAUAUAAAGAUACGAGACGAAGCCGAGUGUCUUCAGGUCUGAUAAAACACGCACUGUGAUUGUUUUAAAUUGCUUCAAAAACGUUGAUUGGCGAAGUAAUUUUCAAAAAAUAAGUUGUAUAAGUCGAGAAAAUCAAAGUUAAAAUUUAUGUAAAUCAAGGGAAAUCUCUAUCACAUAUGAGAUACGAUACGCUUAUGAUUUUUCUUUGUGUUUUCCUCAUGAAUUAUUAAUGCUUUUUGAAGAUUAAAUACAUAUUUUGCUCUACAAAGGAUUUUGUGUUGAGCAUUCUUCUAUCCAUUACAAUACAAUUAUUUACAAAUUAUAAUGUUCUAUCAAUUAUAAUUGAAAAUUAGCUUUUUCCAGUUGUAUAAAAUUAUUAACUCCAAAAUGGACGAUUCUGAUUGAAACUUUUCUCUAACUAAUACUUAAUGAAAAGGUUCAAUCCGAAUCGUCUAUUUUAGAGAAUUUUAUACAACCAGUAUAACUAUAAUAGUUAACUUUAGCUACUUUUUUAUUGAAUCGACCCCAAGUUUGUAAUUAUAUGAUUACAUCAACACAUACACAUAUAUGACUGUAGUUAUUUUUACAUCGUUUUGAAAGUAUGCAUUUCAGUCUAAACCACCCACUUUUUUCUAGUAUUGCUUUCCAAAUUGUCAUUAAACGAGCUAAGACGGUAAAUUGCCCACGGAAAGUACUUUCCACAAUUUCGAAUGUGAAAGACAUUUCAAGCAUGCUUGCCCAUUUAUAGAAUAUAGGCGCGUGCUAGUUCACGGACGCUAUCGAUAGGAAGUACGAGGUUGCUUACCAAGAACUAUCGCAUGAAGAUUAAUAUUAUUUAAUUGGAUGCACGGAAGUUGAAACAGGCAGACAGAUAAUAUUAAUAAUAAUAAAAACUUUAUUCAAGUGUCUGGGUUAUUUGACUGUAUAACAAACUAGUUGGUGACAAUGUUUAUAUCUACAAACUUACAAAUGAGUGUAAAAAUAUUGUAUAAAUAAUUUAUUGACUCUAUAACAAUUAGAAUAAUUAUCAACUACUUAAGCUACAUAUUUUACAGUUUCGAGGGGAAUUUAGCACACAAAAUUAUGAUAGGGCCUAAUAUAACAGAAUUAAACAAAAACUUCAAGUAUGAAAAGUUGUACGAAUUUAGUAUCGUCUGCUCAUCCCCUAAACAUAUCGCAGCAGUUAUAGAAUUAUUAUCAAGUAGACUCUCUAAAUUUUAUACCGAUUACUUUCUUAAAGUUAAUUAAACUUAAGCAGUUUCUUGAUAUCGUCGUUCAAUGUUCAGAUUUUGUUGGCAUUCGAUUGAAUAAUAGUUGAAGUGUCUUGUAGAUGGAAUUAUCGAUACAACGAGGAUUGUUUAAGGGUAAAAAUUCCGUUAAAACCGUUUGGUACAAGUCCUUUUUAAACCUUGUACAUGUAGAUUGCAAUAUCUUGUAACCUUCUAUUAUACAACGAAAGCAGUUUCGCUUUGUUUAGAAGUAUCAAUAUAGGUCACUUUUUACUCAAUUGUCAUUUUAGAACAUUUAUGUUUAAUUUUCGAAUUCUGUUGCCAUAAAAUGAAAUUUUGAUCAAAGUUGUUAUAUAUGCAGUAUGUAUUAUAUUCAGGGGGUGUUAAAUAGGGUCCUUUUGGGGUAAAAUGGGACGUGGAAUUUACCUAUUUUUGCACCAGGCAAAUGCAUGGGAUUUGCAGGAUUAGGGAUUGAUUUACUAUAUCGUAUAGUUUGAAAUGCAGUCCAAUAUCGUAUUGUUAUUGAAAUUUGAAUAUUUUGAAGUUGUUGUAUAAAUCAUGAUAACUGUGAGUAAUUCGCUCUGAAUAUGCAUGGUUAAUUAUUUGUUAGUUUUCUAGAUUAUAUUGGGCCCGUAGUAAUUGGCGAACCACUGUUACGAUCACCCUUGCAUAUAGAUAUAAUGUAGCUUUAAGUUCUGUGUAGGUUUGAAAAGCGAUGCCUUCUUUUUAACUUUUUAACUCAUAAACUAUAAUAUAUAGUAUAAUUUUAGUUCAUGUAAAUGUAAUAAUCACUAAUGAUAAGAUUGUUGUAUAUACAGUCGAUAAUUCAUAGUUUCUUUUUAAAAUUUAUGUAAAUUGUCAUUGAAAAGGUACAGGGAAUAUUAAUUAAUAAAUUCAAAAUACCAUGAGAAAGUCGUCGGCGUCUCGUAUCAAUCAUGUUUCAGCCUCUAUAACAACCUGUGACCAAUAUAAUUUAAUCGAGUUGUUUCAGAUAGGACAGAGAGAUCUUUGGCUCGAAAGUGUUUAAUAUGCCAUGUAAGUUCAUCUUUCAAACUGUCUAAGUCCUUGAAUGUUGACGGUUCUUUCCGGAUUGUUCUUCGUCGUUUAUAUUUGUUCACAGAUGUAUAAUAAUCUGACUUAUUGCAUAAUGUUUACUGUAUAUGGUCUCUCUUUUUUGUAAUCUAGUCAUAAUUUUAUUUCGGAGUUGUGCCUUGUAUCGUUUCGAUUUCCCGUUUCCACUAGCCCCUUUGGGCGUACACCUUGUAAUCUAUAAUUUUGUGUCCAAUAAAGCUGAUAAGAUAGAAUAAAUUAAUAUUGUUUCACGAUGUUAUUGUAUUCCUUCUUGCACUAAACUUGGAUACAAAUGCUUAUUAGAUAAUCUACUGCCCGACUUAAAUUCUCGUUUGCAGGACUGCCAGACUAUAUAUAUAUAGUGACAUUUGUGUGUACGUGUUGUUAAUUCAUAUUAGCAUUGGAUAGCUCUAUCACUUUUAAACUGUUCUCUAGCUUUGAGGUCCAGUAAGAGAUUUUUCUUCUUUCUCGAAUUUUACUCUUGCCUUCCCCUUGACGAGUAAAAUCGUCUAAUCUUAGAAAGAGUAAAAUGUUAAAGUGGGGAGCAUUAGGGCGCAUUGCAACUUAAUGGGUUAACGGUAGUUUAUUAGGGUAAUUCAUUCAAGUUUCUGCGCAAGAAACCGUUCGCUGUGAGGUCGUUCUAUAAUCGACCAUUUGCAUUAUAGACUAAAUUUUGAUCUAGACAAAAGAAAUUGACAGCCCAAUCGGGUGUUGGGGCAUCAAUUUCCCGUUUGUAAUACAAAAUGACUGAAAAACGGCAAACUUCGCAUGGCUAUAUUAUCCGCAUUUUACAACAUUUCGCAACGAAACUUUGGAAUAUUACUAAUUUUGUGAUGCUCUUUCAAGCUGCGAUGAAAUUUUUGUCUAGAUCAAAAUUUAGUCUAUAAUGCAAAUGGUCCAUUUAGAUCCAUUUCAAAACCUGCUAUAAGUGUCACUACUCAAUAUAUCAUAGGCAUGUAGAAGUGCUCAAUUUACUUGUUUCAUUAAAUUCUCUUUGUUGACCAGUACAGACGAGUAAAAUUUGUAUUUUGCCAUGUUUUUAUUUGUACUUGUCCAAAACUGUCUUUCAUUUUCAGAGAAUACGAUCAGAUUACGUUUAUAGCGUCUCUAUAUAGCGCAAAUCCACAUGUAGAUUAAAUUAAAUGCGCGUGGCAUCAUGUAUUAUGCUUACCUAACCGCAUAUACUUAGCCUAGAUUCUUUUAUCUUUACAUUAAUUGUGAUAUUACUUUCUUAAAUGUGUUUAUCCUAACCCACCAUUUCGACUUUCCCUGUGGGAGGAAACCCGUGCACCCGGAGAAAGCCCACGAGUUUCGCCAGAGCGUUGACAGACUCUUUUCACAUGAGUCCGUAGCGAGAAUCCAACCCACGAACACUUCUGAAGCCUCGUGAACAAUGUGAAAAGCGACUUUACAACGUUGUAACUAUAAAUUUAGCAAUUUACCAUUGCACGCACAACCAGAGUGACAAAAUGUCGCAUUUCGCGCUACGCCCUCUGACUUGGAAAAGGCGGCGACUCAAAAACAGCGGAUGUACCCAGCGUGAGAAAGAGUAAUUGCAUCCUGCAAAUUUCAUUUGAAACAUGUCAUGUAGCUCUUGGAAAAUGUUCACUUUCAUGCACAAACUUCUUUGUAAGCAUGUUUUGAAAGAGGAAUUUCUGUGAAUAGUAUAAAGCGUCUUUGUAGGUACUGCACGUUCAACUGUUGCUCUUUUUAUGGCUUUCUUAAAGAAGUAAUUAUGACGGUCUAGAAUGUUUCAUAUAGGAAGGGUGGAGCUACUAUCCCAAUGGCUGCUCUUACCUUUUGAAACUAAAUAUUGGCUUCGCAUGUUAUAGUUCCAAGUGCCUUGGAAAUUAUAUAAUUACACAACAAAUGGGCAUUGUACACUUGUUCCGUGUUAAACAAGUUAAACAAAUGAGGAAGUAAAUGUCUUGCAUCUAUAUGAUUUAACGGUUUAACAACAAUUUAAUUUUUUUACAAUGCUCCACUGAUACAUUAUAAGAGUGAUUUGAUUUUGGUGACUAUAUUGCCCCUCGCCAUAAUCUCAAGUCGUGAUUAUGGUUCAAUAAUUUUCACAAUAUAAAACAGUAUUGUACUUAGUCUUGAUGACGGUUUGAACUUUGAAUGAUAAGUAAUUUAAACAAUAUUAACAGUAUUGUUGGAAUAACAAUUUAAUAUUAUCAUGCAUGUAUAAUAUUGGUCCAGCUUGCUCUGUGUGGGACAAUAUCUCAGUAACGUUGAAACAGCUCAUGCAAGUAAUUUGUAUGUGCAGGGGAACAAUUUUUUGCAGUUUAAAAACAUCGUAGAAAGCGUUUACCUGGGCCAAAGUUUUAUGCGUGAUGUUCAAUAAAGAACUUUUUUGCACACUCAGGUCUCAGAAUAUAGUGAGGGCUACCCUAUGGCUAUACUUCAAGGGUGCAUGGUAUAUACAUAGUAGCGAAUUGGCUGCAGUGCGUUACUGUCUAUAUGAUAAAGUUUAAAUUCUUUUCAUCAAUAGAUCACAGAGCUUAUCUACGUCCACUCAAAAGUUAUGAUUGUAGACGAUCGUUAUGCUAUCAUAGGAUCAG